GGGCCGGCACAUCAAAAGAAGCCCAAUCACAUGGCGUUGUUAACGUUAUGAUGGAGAUGUGGCGCCAAAUGCAAGAAGGUCAGCGGGCCAAUGCAAUGCAAAUGCAGCAGUUCCAAAUGGAAGUUCUGCGGAUGAAUCAAAUUCAAAUGGAAAAAACUAAUAAACUUCUGCGAUCCCUUGGUAUUAGUGGAAGGACAACUGGCGAGCCAGGACCAUAAUCAACCACGGCUGAGCCCUCAGUGAUAUCAGACGCAGUCUCAUCACCAAGGCAACCGGUUCCUUCUCAGGAAACGCAAAGAAAAUUGUACGAUCUACCGGAGUUUAAUGGUGCUCCCGAAGAGUGGCCAAUGUUCAACGAAGCUUUCACUAUGACCACUGCAGAGUACGGAUACAGUGACAGGCAAAAUUUGUUACGCCUACAAAAGGCAAUAAAGGGCAAGGCUAGGGAGACCGUUGAAUGUUUGCUUAUUCACAGUUCUAACGUUUCAAAUAUUUUAGAGACCCUUAAACAAAAUUUUGGUAGACCGGAGAAACUCGUAAAAAGCCAGAUUAGUCGCGUUAGAGAAUUUCCGAGCAUUCGCGAAGGGAGAUUGGAACAAUUAGUAGAGUUCAAAAUGAAGGUACAAAACUUGGCUUCAUUCUUAGAAGCAGCUAACGCACAUCAGCAGUUAAAAAACCCAACAUUAAUGGAGGAGUUAAUCUUAAAGUUGCCAGUGCAACAGAGACUGGAGUGGGCACGCCAUUCCAAGCAACUAGGAGAUGAAAAAUCGAUCCGUCAUUUAAGUCUAUGGCUUCAGGGAUUGGCCGAAGAAGUGCAAGACGCAGGAUUGGUUGACGAUCAGGCGACGUUCAAGCCAAAGAAGGAAAAGUCGAGACUAUUCCAUGCAAACGACAUCGGACUUGUAACCAUGAAGGCGUGCUCCGCCUGCAAUGGGAAACACGACUUGGAAAACUGUAACUCAUUUGCCCAGUUAGAACUUGAAAAAAAAUGGCAGCAUGUAAGGGAAAGAAAAUUAUGCUUCAAUUGCCUAAAGUACGGCCAUCGUAGUCAAAAAUGUAGACGACAUCACCAAUGUGGACUUGAUGGAUGUGCCAAACGCAUUCACCGUUUGCUCCAUGCAGAAUCAGUUAAUCAACCAGGCGAGGAAGUAAAGUUCACAGGAACAGCAACGCAUGAGGCUAGCUCAAUGAUUUUGUUUAAGAUAUUGCCUGUUAAUCUUCAUGCUAAAAAUAAAAUAGUGAGGUGCCACGCCUUUUUGGAUGAAGGUUCUUCAGUAACGCUUAUAAAUGAAAGCCUGGCAGACGAGCUAGGAUUACAUGGACCCAAAGAAAGUCUGACAUUGCAAUGGUUUGGAGAAAAGACAUCAACGGAAUUGGUCAGCCGAUUUAAUAAUGGAAUAUCUGAUGAACGUGGAGGCAAGGUCUAUGCACUAAACGGAGUAAGGACUAUUAAGGAUUUACGGCUGUCGAAGCAAUCCGUAAAGAUGUCUGAGCUAAGUUCGCAAUACCCACACAUAAAGAGUAUUCCUGUGAAAGGCUAUAGAAAUGCUAGACCUGAAAUACUAAUCGGACUAGAUAACCUACAUUUGAUAGCUCCAAAGCAAAUGAGAUCUAUGGGAUACGUUGGGCCAGCCAUUGCAUUAACCAAUGUGGGAUGGGUUGCGUAUGGAAAAUGUCGCGGAGAAUCAGGACCCAUGAGUAAUGUAAAGGCCGUACAUCUGGUUAAACACAAUGACGAGCACAUUGAACAGUUGGUGCGAGACUACAUCACGAAUUCGGAAAUGGAUGUGCGGAUUGUGAAGAACCACGUAGAAGGUCGAGAAACUGAGAGAUCGAACCGAUUGCUAUCAACCACGACAAAACGUAUUGGUGACCGUUUUGAAACGGGAUUACUAUGGAAAGUGGAUGACGUCGUCUUGCCUGACAGCAAGAAAAUGGCAAUAAAGAGACAAUUGUCCUUGGAAAGAAAAUUUAUACAUGAUCCAGAGUACCACAAAAAAUACUGCGACCUGAUGGAAGCAUACGAAGAAAAGUCAUACAUUCGGCAUAUCACAAGCAAUGAACUGGAAGUGGACAAGAAAAAAGAAUGGUUCCUGCCUCAUUUUGGGGUCUUAAAUCCUAACAAGCCCGGCAAGUUGAGAAUUGUUUUCGACGCGGCUGCAGAAGUCGAUGGAGUGUCGUUAAACUCCAUGCUCAUGACUGGCCCCGACGGGUAUCAAUCCUUAACGGACAUUCUUAUGAGGUUCAGACAGAAACCGAUUGAAGUCUGUGCUGACAUAGCAGAAAUGUUCCACCAAGUCAUAAUACGAAAGGAGGAUCGAUGUGCCCAACGCAUACUAUGGAGGAAGAAUCCAGGCGACGAGAUGAAGGAGUAUGAAAUGCAGGUCAUGACCUUUGGAGCCAAAUGUUCACCGGUCUCUGCUCAAUAUGUGAAAAAUAGAAACGCACUUGAAUUUAAGGAAUCGUAUCCAGAUGCGGUGAAUGCCAUUAUUAAAAACCAUUAUGUGGACGAUUUGGUGCAUUGUUUUUCAUCCGAAGAAUCGGCUGUGAGAGUCGUGAAGGAGAUAGUUCACAUUCACAAAAAGGGAGGCUUCGAACUGAGAAAGUUUGUGUCCAAUUCGAAAUUCUUCAACAAGGUUUUUGGUAACGAACAAGUAGCUGAACCCAUAACUCUUGAUAGGGAUGAAUCUUCGCAUUAUCAAAAGGUCCUGGGAAUGUACUGGUGUACACGCAGCGACGAAUUCGGGUUCUCACUUUCGUUUAACAAAAUUGACGCAUCAAUCUUUUCAGAAUCAAGAAUACCGUCUAAGCGAGAAGUAUUGCGAGUGGUUAUGUCUGUGUUUGACCCAUUUGGAAUUCUAGCCGAAUAUUCCCUGAUGGCUAAACUGCUUCUGCAGUCAAUAUGGCAAAGGCGAACAGAGUGGGACCAGCCAGUUGAGGGCGACGAUAUAAAGCAAUGGAAAUGUUGGUUGCGCAGCCUAAGCCAAGCAUGAAAGAUGAGGAUACCCCGAUGUAACGCAGAAGAGUUCUUUGGGGAACCAAUUGAACUACACAUAUUUUGCGAUGCGAGAGAGUCAGCUUAUUGAGCAGUCGAAAAAAGAGGAAGGAGUACCGAGAAACGCUGGAUAUGCAUAUUUACAUGCCUUACAAUAAGAGCAAUUCAUUUGGAAAUUGCCAGGGACCUGACAACAGAUACGUGUCUUCGAGUAUUGCAUAACUUCAUGGCGCGGCGUGGAAGACCAGUAAGAAUCCGAUCUGACAAUGGUACCAAUUUGGUGGGAGCUGAGCGUGAAUUGAAAAGAGAAUUACAGGACCUCGAUCACAUUAGAAUAGCGAACGAGUUGUCAACCAAGCAGAUCGAAUGGCUGUUUAAUUGCCCGCUAAACCCCCAUGCAGGUGGGUGCUGGGAAAGAUUGGUACGCAGUGUGAAGAGGGCCAUAGGACACGCGCUGCAUGACAAAAACCUGAAAGAAGACAUACUGUAUAGCCUAAUGUGUAACGCUGAAAACAUAGUAAAUUCCAGACCGCUUACACACAUUGCUCUGGAUAACCCCACAGACGAUCCGAUAACCCCUAAUCACUUUCUUUUAGGUUCUCCCAAUUCUAGCCAGACACCACAUCCACAAGAGGAGAAGUACCAGAAAACUCGAAAGGAAUGGCGCAUCGCUUAGCAGAUCUCCCACUCAUUUUGGAACAAGUGGCUCAAUGAGUACCUACCAGACCUAUGCAGACGGACAAAGUGGCAUCACCCAGUGCCACCACUCGCUGAAAUGGACAUUGUUCUUAUCUGUGAUAAGAACCUUCAUCGAUCUCAAUGGAAAAAGGGAGUUAUUCUAGCAGUCACGCCUGGACGCGACGGACAGGUUCGCUCAGUCCGCCCAACCUGUAUGCUGGCAAAGCUAGACAUAUUGUGAAUCACGAGCGUGUUUGAUUCACGGUGGUGGGGAUGUUGUCGAGAAAAAUUAGCUUAUAUAUACUUAGUUUUAAGCAAGGGCACAGAUACCCACAGAUACAUAAAGAAAAAAGAGAGAAGAAAAAUGGACGGCACUAUGAAAAGACAAGAAGGUCACAUUAGUUUGAGCAGUCGAAGAAAGAGCGGGGAGAAAAGACGAAGCGAAAUAAAACGCAACCAACGCCUAAGUACCUAUGAAGAUAA